ACUGUUGAUUAGCCAACAACAGGUAAAACAGUGACAAUUUAUUUUUUCCCUUUGUGACUCUUAUGACCUCAGGUUGUCCUUUUAACCCAAUGAAAGAAUCAAUGGAGAAUAGUGAAAGAAUCGUGAAUGAUUCUAUUGAUGGAAAUCAAUUAAAUCCAAAUCUUCUUCAUCCCAAUCAUAAUAAUCUUAAUCAUCAUGGAAUUUAUUUUCCUAAUUCCAAUAUCCGUGAUUGUUCAAUCAUCGAUAAUUCAUCACUGUCAUCAGGUAGAUUUGCUCGAUCAUUGUCAUUAAGUACUUCAGGUAAUCGAUCAAGAUCAGGUUUGGAUCAUCGAGGUUCCCUUCCGAUCUCAUCAAUUGUCCCGUCAACAAUUAGUGAAAUUCCGAUUGAAUCUGAUGAUACUUUCUCUCAUCCAAUUGACAUUGAUGGUCGGUCAAAAUACAAUAAAAGCUAUAAUCUAUUCGAUAAUUAUUCUAAUUGUGCCCGAGAAGCUCAUCUUAAUCUUGCCUACGAAUUGGAAAAGGAAAAAUCUGAUGAAUUUGAUCCAAAGUUAAUUGCUCUGAAACAAAAUUUCUUAGAAGAUACAAUUAAAUCUGAUUUUCCGGAUAAACAAUUACCUGAAGACUAUCCCAUAGAUCCAGUAAACUAUAUCACUCGACGAGUAAUUAACUUGAUAAAGUCAAAUUGUGCUGUGAUCAAAUUAAUCGCCUUUCUAUUGUACAAUCUUUACAUUGUCAUUGCCAUACGAAAGACUUGGACAAAGUCAAAGUCAUGUUGUGAUGGAAUCAAAUUCUUGGUCUUAAUUACCUGUAUCGCCUAUGGAGUUGCCAUUUACUAUUUAGCGGUGAAAAAGUUGAUCAUCCGACCGAUUCAUAAGAAAUUCAUUCGACCAGUUCUAAGAUCAAUCGAAUCGAAGCCAAAUUUACAUGGUUACAUUCGCUUAGCUACUUUUAGCACCAUCAUAAUUUUAUUCGUCAUUUACACUAUUUAUCUCUCUCGAAACAACAGUAAAAAGAUCAUCUCUGCAUGUGGAAUAUUCAUUUUCAUAGGAAUCUCAUAUCUCUUAUCGGUCAAUCGACCUGCAGUCCAAUGGGGUCAAGUUAUCUGGGGAAUUAGUUUCCAAUUUCUCAUGGCCAAUUUAGUUCUUAAGACUCAAAUCGGCAAAUCAAUUUUCCAAUGUGUCGGUGAUAAAAUUGUCACUUUCCUUAACUUCACCGAUAAAGGAUCAGAAUUUGUUUUCGGAAGUCUCGUUGAUGGUAAUGGGACAGGAAGUGUUUUCGCAUUUAAGGUCUUGCCGAUUAUCAUAUUUUUCAGUUUUACUGUAUCGGUUUUAUAUCAUUUCGGUAUAAUGCAAAUCGCUGUAGUUAAACUUGGCUGGUUUCUUCAAGUCACCAUUGGAUCAACGGCUUGUGAGUCUCUCGCCGCUGCUGGAAACAUUUUCUUGGGAAUGACUGAAACUCCAUUGAUGAUUAAACCUUAUCUACAAUUAAUGACACAAUCAGAACUAUUUGCCGUUAUGACUGAAGGUUUCUCCACGAUUGCUGGAUCAGUUUUAGCAGCUUAUAUCAACUUUGGAAUCAAUGCCAGUUACUUAUUAUCUGCCUCUGUCAUGGCUGCACCAGCAUCUCUUGGUAUAUCAAAAUUGGUUUUUCCAGAGACACAGAAAAGUAAAACAAAGUCGGAAGAUAUUCAAAUUGAAAAAGGAACGGACAGAAAUGCACUUGAAGCGGGUGCUAAUGGCGCUGCUCAGGCUGUUAAACUUUGUGCAAAUAUCGCCGCUAAUUUGAUUGCUCUACUUGCGUUUGUGUCUUUGUUAAACUCAAUCGUUUCUUGGUUUGGUUCAUUGGUCAAUGCUGAUUACAUUAACUUUACGUGGCUUUUAUCUCGACUCUUCAUCCCAAUGGCCUGGGUGAUGGGAGUUGAAUGGGAAGACACUGAAAAAGUGGCUCAGUUAUUGGGAUUGAAAACAUUUCUCAAUGAGUUUGUUGCUUAUACUGAAUUGGCAAAGAUGAAAGAUACUAAUCAACUGUCAGAAAGAUCCCAAGUGAUUGCGACUUUUGCUCUUUGUGGCUUUUCAAAUAUCUGUGCCAUUGGAAUUCAAAUGGGAGGACUUGGCAGUUUAAUUCCUCAUCGGAAAUCAGAAUUAGCGUCGAUGGCCGUUCGAGCGAUGAUCGCAGGAUCAUUAGUGACCUUCAUCAGCGCUUCCAUGGCUGGACUACUUUACACAGAAACAACAACAAAUUUCAAUAUCACAACAGUCGCUCCAAUGUGAUAACAAUAAUUAAUUUUUUAUUUCGUUCUCACAAUUUACUCAAUUUAAUUUGAAACUUUUUUAAUUCUCGACAAUUUAAGUUGAUCAUAUUCCUCUAAAUUGUUGUUUUUCUUCAUAAUUUUAAUAGACUUGUUAAAUUUGUUAAAUCUUUCGUUCUGUCAAUCUUAAUUACUUUUGUAAUUUAAAAUUAUAUUUCACGCAUUUUCAACAAUCAAAUUUUUGAUUGUUUUUAACACUUAAUCCAUUUCUAGAAAAUUGUAAAUUUAUCAUUAAAUCAUAAUCUCAAUAAAUUUAUAUCAUUUAUAUUAAA